AGGAGUCAUUGGCCAAGGCCAAUGAAAGUGGCGCUGGAGACCUUCCAGGCCAUCUCCCACAGUCCGCAGCUUUGCAAACGAGAGGGGGUCGCUCGGCAGUAUGAGGAGAAACUGCAGAGGACUUACAAGCUCAACAAGUGGGAGGCCGCGGCCUACGCCAGCUCCUCGUGGACUAGCAAUAUUUCAGGACUGGCUCUCAAAGUGGGGAUUCUGUAUUACGGGGGCCGCCUGGUCACGCUGGGUGGUGUGAGCAGCGGAGAUCUGGUGACCUUUGUCCUCUACGAGAUGGAGUUCUCCACGGUGGUGCGGGUCCUCCUCUCGUGUUAUCCAAAUGUGCAAAAAGCUGUUGGAUCUUCUGAGAAGAUUUUCGAAUACAUGGACCGGGCACCCCGCAUCCGCCCUUCAGGGACACUGGCGCCCCCAGAUCUACGGGGACACGUCGUCUUGCAGGACGUCUGGUUCUCAUACCCAGACCGGGAUGAUACUCUGGUGCUGAAGGGUGUGACCCUGGAGCUGCGCCCUGGCACAGUGACUGCACUGGUCGGCCCAUCGGGAUCUGGGAAGAGCACCGUGGUGGCCCUGCUGGCACGAUUCUAUGAUCCGGAGCGAGGACGGGUGACCCUGGAUGGGAGAGACCUGCAGGAAUAUGAGCAUCACUUCCUGCAUCGUAAGGUGGCGCUGGUGAGCCAGAGCCCGGUGCUGUUUGCGCGAUCGCUGCACGGGAACAUUGCUUAUGGACUGGGAGAGCGGAGUCUGGAGGAGGUGAGGCAGGCGGCCCAGAGAGCUGGGGUACACCAAUUCAUUGAUGGGCUGAGCCGCAGCUACGACACAGAUGCCGGGGAAACGGGGGGCCAGAUCUCUGGGGGGCAGAGACAGGGGCUGGCCAUUGCCCGGGCCCUGAUCAGAGACCCCCAAGUGCUCAUCCUGGAUGACGCCACCAGCUCUCUUGACACGGAGAGUCAGCGGCAGGUGGAGAGGGAAAUCUACGAAAGUCCGUCUCGCGCCAGCCGCUCCGUCCUGCUAAUCUCCCACCGCCUCCGCACGGUGGAACGAGCCGACCGCAUCCUGGUGAUGGAAGAGGGGCAGAUCCAGGAGCAGGGGACCCACCAGCAACUCUUGAGGAAGCGGGGCGCCUACUGGCAGCUGCUGCAGACUCAGCAGAACGGGGCGGAGGGGCAGUGCCAGCAGUCCAGAGAGUGGGCGUCCGUGGCUGAGGCUCUCUCCCCUUCCUUGGGAGGCGGGAUGGCGCUGGAGGCGGUGUGCGGGCUGCCCGCGCGGGGGGAGUGGGGCGCGCCGGGCUCCGGAGGGGCUCUUCUGGGGCUGCAGCCGGGCGGAGUGGCGCAUUACGCCUUCGGGGCGCAGGAGGAGGCGCGCAUCGCGGUGCCCCCCGGCAGGCAGCCUUUGGAGUUCCUUCAGUCCCUCCAUGCGGGCAGUGGAGAUGGGCACCGGAUCGAGCUGGCCCACGGCACCACCACCCUGGCCUUCACGUUCCAGCACGGGGUCGUGGUGGCCACCGACUCCCGGGCUUCGGCGGGCAAAUAUAUCGCCACUCUGCUUUGCAACAAAGUGAUCGAGAUCAACCCUUACCUGCUGGGGACCAUGUCCGGAAGUGCGGCCGACUGCCAGUACUGGGAGCGACUCCUGGCCAAACACUGCAGGCUGUAUUACCUGCGCAACAAGGAACGGAUCAGCGUCUCGGCGGCCUCCAAGCUCCUGGCGAACAUGCUCUCCGAGUACCGGGGGAUGGGCCUCUCCGUGGGCAGCAUGCUCUGCGGCUGGGACAAAAAGGGUCCUGGCCUUUACUACAUAGACGACAAUGGGGUGCGCCUAUCGGGCCCCCUCUUUUCCACGGGAAGUGGAAACUCUUAUGCUUACGGGGUGCUGGACAGCGGAUACCGCCCCGAUCUCAGCGUGGAAGAGGCCUACGACCUGGGCAGGCGGGCUAUCACUUAUGCCACCCACCGGGACGCCUAUUCUGGAGGGGCGGUGAACAUGUAUCACAUGAAGGAAGAUGGCUGGAUCCGGGUCGGCCGCACCGACGUCGCCAUGCUGCUCGACCAGCCCAUUUUCAAAGCAAGAGCAAAAGUUGUGGCAUCCAAACCGACAAAACAGCUCCAAGCCUCAAGGCGGGUUCUUGCGAAAGAACAUCCGGACCCGACACGUUGCCCAGACAUCUGUUCCUCAGAGAUGCAGGCAGAGUUCAUUUCUGCCGCCAUGGGCCUCGCCACCACCUUCUGCUCAGCUGCCCUCCUGCUUCUCUGCGACGUUGCCCUCCUCUCCUUGCUAGACCUGGGGCGGCCCUCCCUAGCCCUCCUGGGGGUCCCGGCGACAUGGCUGGAGGCCGGGCUGCGCCUGACAGUUCUCUUGGGGGUCUGGAGGCUGCUGUCUCUGGCCUGGCCCUCCCAGGUCCCUCCUGAGGCCGUGGUGACCUUGUGUCUGUUACCCACCCUUUACUACUCCGUGGGGCAGUGGUUCGGAGACCCCCCUCUCCUGCUCUCUUCAGCCCCGCGGUCCUGGCUGCUGCUGGGCUAUGGGGCAGUGGCUGCGGUCUGCCUCACUUGGUGGGCUCUGGGGCAGGGGGGCAGCAGGGGAGAAAGCAAGAAAGAAGACAGGGCCACCUUGUGGAAACUGCUGAGGCUAUUAACUCCGGAUGCCCCGUACCUGGGCGGCGCGUUUGUCUUCCUCACUAUUGCAGUGAUUGCUGAAACGUUCAUCCCUUACUAUACGGGACGCGUGAUUGAUAUCUUGGGCAAGAAAUACAACUCUGAAGUCUUCUCGGACGCCAUCUUCCUCGUCUGCAUAGUGUCCCUGGGCAGCUCUUUGUUCUCUGGCUGCCGCGGGGGGCUCUUCAUGUUCAGCAUGUCCCGGAUGAACCUCCGGGUGCGCGGCCUGCUCUUCUCUUCUCUGGUGCGGCAGGAUCUGGCCUUCUUCCAGGAGGUGAAGACAGGGGUCCUGACCUCCCGCCUCUCCAAAGACACAACCAUGAUGAGCCAUUCGGUGCCGGCCAACGCCAACAUCUUCCUGCGCUCCCUGGUCCCGGCCGUCUGGCUCUACGUCUUCAUGCUUGGCCUCUCGCCGCGCCUGACUCUGCUGAUCCUCAUUGAGAUACCCCUCAUGAUGGCCCUCCGGAGGGUCUAUGACACUCGUCACCAGGCUUUCCUUCAGGCCAUCCAGGACUCUCUGGCGCGCUCUGGGGAGGUGGUGCGUGAAACUCUCUCCUCCAUUAGGACGGUGCGCAGCUUCGCCACGGAGGAGGAAGAGUCCCGGCGCUACGAUGCGGCCCUGGCUGAGACCCAAAGGCUCAAGAACCAGCGAGAUCUGGAGCGGGCGCUGUAUCUGCUCGUCCAGCGGUUCAUCCGCUUGGGCGUCCAGCUCCUCAUUCUCUACAGCGGCUACCAGCAGAUCCAGGCCGGCCUGCUCACCAAGGGGAACCUCAUCUCCUUCAUCCUCUACCAAGGGGACGUGGGGAAACACGUACAGACUCUGGUGUACAUGUACGGAGAUCUUCUGAGCAAUGUGGGGGCCGCAGAGAAGGUGUUCGAGUAUCUCUAUCGAGAGCCGGGAGUCCGCACAGAUGGGACGCUGGCCCCAGCAGUUCCCCAAGGCCGUGUCUCCUUCCGAAAUGUUUCCUUCUGCUACCCGUCUCGCCCGGAUAUCCAGGUCUUAAAGAACAUAUCCUUUGAGCUCCGCCCCGGAGAGGUGACGGCGUUGGUGGGGCUGAACGGAAGCGGGAAGAGCACCUGCGUGGCCCUGCUGGAGCGGUUCUACGAGCCUGAGUCUGGGGAGAUCCUGCUGGACGGGACCCCCAUCCACGAGUAUGAGCACAAAUACCUGCACAGCCAGGUGGCGCUGGUGAGCCAGGAGCCCGUCCUCUUCUCUGGGUCCAUUCGGGACAACAUCGCCUACGGGGUGGAAGGCUGCAAAGAGGAAGACGUGAUCGGAGCAGCGAGAGACGCCAAUGCCUGGGAGUUCAUCCAGGACCUGGAAGGAGGGCUUGACGCAGAUGUGGGUGAGAAGGGGGGCCAGAUGUCUGUAGGAGAAAAGCAGCGCUUGGCGAUCGCUCGAGCUCUCCUCCGCAACCCGAAGGUCUUGAUCCUGGACGAAGCUACAAGUGCCUUGGAUGUGGAGUGCGAAGCAGCUAUCCAGAGGUCAGUGGUCAGCGGCCGACGCCGGGCGGUGCUGGUGAUCGCUCACCGCAUGCAGACGGUGGAGAGUGCCGACAAGAUCCUGGUGCUGGAAGGCGGGACAGUGGUGGAGGAGGGGACCCACGAGGAGCUGAUGAGCCGGAGGGGACCCUACCACAGACUGGUGCAGAGGAAUUGGACCCAGUAAUUGGCCGAGGGGACACCGGUUGGACAGCCCCACUGGUGGUGGCAGAAUUUGGGGCAGAUCGUGAAACGCAGCUUGGACUUAGAAGAGAAGGUGCGGCUCUUGAGUUGUGAAGAGAUGAAAUGGCCGGAAAAGACUGUACAGCGCCUAGCACUUCAUGGGUAGCAGUGAUACCCCCCCAAAAAAAACAAUUGCUCAAUGCAAAAGUGGUUUUGGGUACCGCCCCCCCCUUUCCGCCAGCUGAUGGCUUUUGUUUUGAUAUUGUGUUAUUGCUAGUGAGAUAAUAUAAAUGAUUUCAGUCAACUGCCAA